UCAUGUUUGCAGUACCAUAAAUCUGUCUCCCUUGAAGGCAGGCGCCUGCAAUUCCCAAUUCGGAGCACUUUCUUUUUGUUUUCUUUUUAAUUAUUAUCAGAGCGUUGAAAUUUUCGUUGCCACUGCCACAGCCUGGGGCCAUGCCCUCCUAGAAUGAAGCAAACAAAUUCCAAAGACAACCUUCAAUUCCCGGCAAAACCUUAUCCUAUCAAACACCACAAAUUACCUAAAGACUAACAAAAGCUUCCCACAUUUCCCACCUCACAAAAAACCAUGGCAGCCCUUCAUUUCACCCCAUCUCCUUCCUUCAUCCUAACCAGACAUAAACUACCCACCGAGGUCUCUUCUUUUAAGCUCCACUACAAAGCUGGCAGAUCCUUGAAGACUGUAGUUAGGUCCUACAAAGUGGUGAUUGAGCAUGAAGGUCAAUCCACGGAGCUGGAGGUGGAAUCAGAUGAGACCAUACUAUCCAAGGCAUUGGACUCUGGAUUGACUGUGCCUCAUGAUUGCAAACUUGGGGUGUGCAUGACUUGCCCAGCAAAGCUAAUAAGUGGCUCGGUUGAUCAGAGUGAUGGUAUGCUCAGUGAUGAUGUGGUCGAGCGAGGGUAUGCGCUGCUCUGCGCAGCCUAUCCAAGGUCAGAUUGUCAAAUUAGGGUUAUUCCUGAAGAGGAGCUUCUGUCACUGCAACUAGCAACAGCUAAUGACUGAAUGUUGUAUGCUUAAUGUUUAAGUGAAGAACUUUGAUGUCACAUAUUGAAUCUCAGUUCAAUCUUUAUCAUUAGCUUAUUUUU